AUGUUCCCGCCGUCGUUAUCCUUGUGCAUAUUACUCCCCCUUCUUCCCCUCGCACAUUCCUCCUUCUACGACAAUCCGGACCUCGAGAUUCCGCCUGAGGGUGGUAGUCCGCUUGAUGAAUUGAAAGCGAAAUGGGACUUUGAUUGGGGGUUCUCAGGGAUAUCAACAUUCGCCCACCUCAGGCAUGUAAAAUGUCUGACCGCCCCAUACGAGCCGUUUGAUAUCGGCAUCAUUGGCGCCCCCUAUGACACGGCUGUCAGUUAUCGACCUGGAGCUCGCUUCGGUCCUCGUGCCAUCCGUGCCGCCUCUGCUCGCCAGACCUCCUUCCGAGGCUUCAACCACCGAGCGCACAUCAACCCAUACACGUCCUGGCCGUUGGUGCUCGACUGUGGGGACAUCCCCAUCACGCCGUUCGACAACGCUUUGGCACUACAUCAGAUGUCGUCCGCAUACAUCGAGCUCCUCUCCCGCCGACCGCUGAGUUACAAGAACCCGGAAAGCCACGAGCAUCCCAAGCUGAUCACGCUGGGGGGAGACCACUCCGUCGCGCUGCCCGCACUCAGGGCGCUGGAGAAGAUCUACAAGCAGCCGAUCGCCGUGCUCCACUUCGACGCGCACCUGGACACCUGGCACCCGGGGGCGUACCCGAGCGCGUGGGCGUCGACACCCACGCAGGCCGACUUCACGCACGGGACCAUGUUCUGGAUCGCAUCUCAGGAAGGACUCAUCAACAACGGGUCAUCCGUGCACGCGGGGCUGAGGACGCGCCUUCUCGGCGACGACUUCCACGACUACGCCGACGACGAACGCCAGGGAUUUCUGCGCAUCGAAUCCGACGACAUCGACAGCGUCGGCGUCCGCGGCAUCAUCGACCUGAUCAUGGAGCGCAUGGGCACCUCCAUGCCCGUCUACCUAUCCGUGGACAUUGACGUGAUCGACCCGGGCCUGGCGCCCGGCACCGGCACCCCAGAACCGGGGGGCUGGACGACGCGCGAACUGAUCCAGAUCCUCCGCGGCGUCGAAGGCCUGAACCUCGUGGGCGCCGACGUGGUCGAGGUGAGUCCCGCGUACGAGGCCGGCCACGGGGAGGCCACGGCCCUGGCCGGCGCGCAGGUCGCGUACGAGAUCCUAACCAGCAUGGUCAAGCGCGGGCUCAAGGACCGGGGCGAGGAGGUCGUCAUCGAAAAGCCCGGCAGGAAAAUCGCCCCGAAGAAAGGAGCAGCAGGCAUCGUCGCAAAGGUCCAGGAGGUUUUGAGAGAUGAGUUGUAG